AUGGACCCUCUACUUCAUUCGCACGAAAAACAACAACCAGUAGUAGUCAAUGGUUCAAAUAUACACCAAAACAAUGCUCGAAACCCUUCACUUGCUAGUACAGGAACCUCAAAUAGCACAAUCUCCCAAUCACCAUCUCCAUCAGAAGAUGAAAAACCUGUUACUAGAAAAAAACGUACCAGAAUUGCAAAAGCUUGUCAAUAUUGCCGCAAGAAAAAAGUGAAAUGUGAUGGUUGCCAACCUUGUCUGAAUUGUCAACAAUCAAAUUUUGGUAAUUGUGAAUAUGCUGUUGAUGAGAACAAGAAGCCUAAGAUUCUGAAAAAGAAAUCGAAAUCUCUUAAAAAUAGACUGAGCAAGUUCCAAAUAAGCAAGAGUAUUGACGAAAGACUAUCAAAAAUUGAGAAUACUCUUGCCCAACUACUUAAUCACAUUGAUACCAAUAAUAAUACACCAACACCAACACCAACUUCGAACUCAACAACAGCAAAUGACAAACAAACAGAAACUGAUAAGUACAGCUUUUCUCCCUUACCAAUGGCAAUUGAGAAGGAAGUGACUGAUGAAUCCAACCAAAAGUAUGAUCCAAAAGUGGAAUCUAAUUUUCUUGGAUCACAUAGUGUAAUCAAUAUUUUUUCCAAAAAAUCCGUCGAAUGGUUAUUAAGACCAGUGAUUGACAAGUUUAAGGACGACAUUGAAGAUUUUAAAAAGAUCGCCUGGGUUUACGAGUAUUAUACUCAAGCAUUCUUAGACACCAUUUCGCAACCAAUUAAGGCCAGAAUCAGUAGGCGAAACGACUUAAUGGAUAAUACUUUUGUUGAUGUAACGAUCCCAUUAGAAAUUUUAUCUUGUUAUGACGAUAUUUUUCUAGUUAGUUACGUAUGUAAGGGAGACUACAUACGCAAUUUAUUCCAAACAUAUUUUGAAGAACCAGAUCAAGAUGGAUCACGGAGAAGAAAUUUUUUAUGGAGUGAAUUAUUAGCAAUGACUGCUGCUAUUGGGAUUUGUAUUUCAGUGUUGAUUGAUGACCGUAACAAUACUAAAGAAACAGAAAAACCCAAGUACUCUUGUUCAUUAUCAAACCAGCAAUUAAUUGAGAUCAAUUUCAAAUGCUUUUAUUCGAUGAUUUUUUAUCAUCGGAGAUUAUGUGUUAUAAGUGAAGGAUUUCCCACUAUAACGGGGUUUAUUUUGUUGAUAAUGUAUUUUGAUUUUGCUGUACCUGUGCUGCAAAUAACGUUUUUGGCAGUUUCUACAACUAUACAUUAUGCAAAACAGUGUGGCCUACACAGACAAGAGACUUACAAAGAUAUGAGCUGGGAGGAACAGCGAACAAGAAGAGUUCUUUGGUGGUUUUGCGAAUAUUUACAUACUGAGUAUUGUUUUCAAAAGGGUUAUUCUUUAGAGAUUGGUGAUGAAGAUAUGAUAAGCUUUAGUGAUGAUGACACGACUACUAAUGCUAUAGUUAAAUCCAAUUGGCAUUUAAUUCUGUCUGCAUUAAAUUCAGAAAAUCCUAUUGAUGCUCUAACAAUCAACGAAAUAAGGGAAAAUAAAGCUAAUCAUAUUUGUGCUUCCUAUAUCAUGCACUCGCUAUCCAAAAUAAGGGCUGAAUCAUAUCAAUUGUUAUAUUCUACUAGUGCACAAAAGAAAACUUUAUCUAGUAUAUUAACUUCCGUUGAAAAACUUACCGCCGAUAUGGAAUCCCUCUAUAAGGAGUCCUGUAGUGUCAUGCCCGUCCAAUCGGUAUCUGGAUAUGCCAAAAACACUGAAAUUGUGUUAAAACUAGAUAAUGGUUAUGAAAAUGUCUUGAUGAUUCAAUUUGAGUAUUUUUUACAUCUUAUGACGAUUAAUCGAUUACUGCUACAAGAUUUCCCUAAUGAUGUGGAUCAUAGAGACUUGACCGAUAAAUGUUUAUAUCACAGGAACAUUGCCAAUAGAUCAGCAAGAACUAUACUACACAUUGCAAAAGAUUCAACAGAGAAAAAAGUACAAUUUAUUAUUAUCAAUUGGUUUAGCUAUGCUAUAUUUGCUGCUUUUGCACAUCUUGGAAGUAUGUGUCUUGAAGACCCGCAAAACCCAGUCGUACUAGAAGACAUUGAUUUAUUAAUUGGGAUUUCUUAUUCUGUUUUUUCAUUUGAGGACAAGUCAUUUAAAGUAAGUCGAUUUGCAUUGAAGAGAUAUGUUUAUGAUAUGCUUACUAGAUAUAUCCUAAAAUUGUAUUUUAAGGUUACCAAUGAACAAACAAGGAAUAUGUUCUAUACAAAGUACAAGGACUUAGAUGAUCAUUUACAUUUAGAAAAAACGUUUCACGAAUUUUUUGUUAAUGGAAAUCCAGGUGUUGAUUCAACCAAAACAUAUCGGACAUUAAGUAAGUUGUUUCGGCCCUUUUGGUUAAAGCCCCAUGAGAGGUCCAAACGAGCUCAAGUAAAUCCUGAUGACACUGGUACACCGUUAGGAUCACUGUCAUCGUCUAGUAAUGGAAUCUAUUGGACCUCCACAUCAAUAUUAUCCCAACCAUCCAUAAGAAAUGACACAAGUUCGACCUUCUCCUCUCAGCCGGUUAAUUAUACACAAGAAUCUCCACGUACUGAUGCAAAACCUCUUGAAAUUUCCAAUCUAGUUGAUCCAUUUAAUGCUGUAAUUGAUUCAGCGACGAAAAGUAAUGGAAAGGAAUUACCAAACUCAUUUAUCCAACAGGAUCUUAGUGCCAUUAAUGCAGCUCCAAUGCAGCAACCACAACCACAGCCACCAUUUCCACAACCGCCAUUUUCACAAUUACCUCCAUUCCCACCACCACCACCACCACCACCACAACAACAAGAGCAACAGAAUCUUCCUAGACAUCAAUUCAAUACAAACUUUAACAGUUUAGAGGAAAUGAUUGAAGAGAAUUAUGUGGGUGAUUUGAACUUUCCUGCUAUGUUUUAUGAAUAA